CACAUCUCUUCCAUUCGCAACUGGCGCUUCUAGUGCCGAUUUCCGCCGCUCUGUGCCUGGCGAGAUUGCUCUAACUUGCGGAGGAACUGCCAGAAACCGCAAAGUCUUGCGUAUUGUUUGCUUUAGCGUGAGAAGUCUCACCCUGGCUCGCAUAUCCCCAAUAUCGAGGGGAGUUGGUUUGCUAGCUACCGGCCCCCAACCUCGCCCGAGCCAUGAAUGCUUGACUUGGAGGCAUGGUGGACACACCGCAACCCUUACAACGGACCGUUGUCUGGGGUGUACGACUCGAUGUCGAUCCACUGGCCUCUUUACCCCGGUGCUCCGUUCGUUGCUCUCUUGGUUAUGUAUAAGACGUUGCGGCAGCGUGGAGGACGAUGGCUUGCCUUGUCUCUCUGUUCGUUGUGCCUCACGAGAAAGUCCUCGAGUUUCGUCCUGUUCCUGUUGUCUUGAGUUGCUCCCUCUGCCGUCAUCAUGUUGGCCAAGCUGUCUCUUCUCCCCUUGCUGUCUGCCGCAGUCUCGGCAUCUCCCCUCCUCGAUGUCAGGGCCCCGGUGGCUGCUCUCGACGAGAGAGCCGUGACGGUGUCGAGCGCCGACCUGUCCAACUUUGAGUACUACGUUCAGAUGGUGGCAGCAACCUCUUGCAACAGCGAGGCCGCCGCCGGUGCGUCAAUCACCUGCAGCGCCGAUGCUUGCCCUGAUGUCACCGCCAACGGAGGCAAGAUUGUGGGAACCUUUUCCGGUCUCGUCUCUGGCCUCCAAGGCUUCGUCGCCACGGAUCCCGUGAGAAAGAACAUUGUCAUUGCCAUCCGCGGCUCCAGCAACGUCCGCAACUGGAUCACCAACAUCCUCUUCGGCUUCGACGACUGCGACUUUGUCGACGGCUGCAAGGUCCACACCGGCUUCGCCAACGGCUGGGACGAGAUCAAGGACUCCCUCCUGGCCUCCGUCAAGUCCGCAAAGGCCGCCAACCCCAGCUACACCAUCGUCGGCACCGGCCACUCCCUCGGUGGCGCUGUCGUCACCAUCGCCGCCGCGGACCUCCGCCGCGACGGUUACCCCGUCGACAUCUACACCUACGGCAGCCCCCGCGUCGGCAACGCCGCCUUCACCAACUUCGUCACUGCCCAGACCGGCGCCGAGUACCGUGUCACCCACGUCGACGACCCCGUCCCCCGCCUGCCCCCCAUCCUCUUCGGCUACCGCCACACUAGCCCCGAGUACUGGCUGUCCACCGGCAACGCCACCACGGUCGACUACGCCGUCGCCGAUAUCAAGGUCUGCGAGGGCGCCGCCAACACAAAGUGCAACGGCGGCACCUUUGGCCUUGACGUCGACGCCCACUUGUACUACCUCCGCCGUACGGGUGCCUGCAGCACCGACGGCUUCGGCAUCAAGGAGAGAGAGGAGGACAUCUCGGACGAGGACCUCGCUGCGCGCCUGACGGCUUGGGCCCAGCAGGAUAUCGAGUACGCCGCGUCGCUCGAGGAGUAAGGAGGGCGACGGCAUGCCGUAUACACGAAAGAAAAUUAAAUGUCAUGACCAUGUUAUGAAGGGCAGGGAAGCGGGCUUCUGGAGUUUUAGGGGAAGCAUCAUCAUCAUCAUCAUCAUCAUCAUCAUCA